AUGAAGGGCCGGGGCCAGCCCGGACCCCCGGCGGAGGGACCGCGGAGGAUGCUGCAGGUGGACGCCAGGAGCCAAGGCUCGGGGAGGUCUCCCUCGGUGUCACCAGAGCGGGGCAGCACCCCAACCUCUCCUUACUCGCUCCCGCAGAUCGCCCCCCUCCCCAGCAGCACGCUCUGCCCCAUAUGCAAGACGACGGAGCUCACCUCCUCCCCGGGACAGCCCAACUUCAACGCCUGCACCCAGUGUCACAGCAAAGUCUGCAACCAGUGUGGCUUCAACCCCAACCCGCAUCUCACCCAGGUGAAGGAAUGGUUGUGCUUGAACUGCCAGAUGCAGCGGGCGCUGGGGAUGGACAUGACCACCGCUCCUCGCUCCAAGAGCCAGCAGCAGCUGCACUCUCCUUCGCCGUCUCCCUCCCACUCCCCGGCCAAGCACCCACCGCCCCCGGGCGCGGAUAAGUCCCCGCAGGCCGCCCGUACCCUCCCGCCCGAGCCAUCCAAACCUCAGCCCACGACGCCGCAGAGGGAACCGCACGGCCAAGGCCAGCCGAAACCUCAGGAGCCGGCCAGGUCCUCCCCGCAGCAUCAGCAAGCCAAGCCUUCUUCCUCCGAGCAGAGAAAGCCGGCAGGAGACGUGGGAGCAAAGCCUGCCACCCCGGCCCCCGGGGCUGGAGCACAAGAGCAAGCCCAGGAGGGGCUCACGGGGAAGCUCUUCGGCUUUGGGGCAUCCCUCCUGACCCAGGCGAGCACCCUCAUGUCGGUCCAGCCAGAGGCUCCCCCUCCAAGCCAGCCUUCACCUGGCAAAGUGCCUCCAAAAAUCGUCUUCAGCGAUGCCAGCAAAGAAGCUGGUCCCAAAGCCCCGGGGGCGCAGGGCCGAGCUGGUGCCGCGCCGGCCGCGAAGCCGGGCAAGGCGGAACAGGGCGUCAAGCCAAAGGAAGUGCCGAAAGCAAGGGUCUCGUGCCCCCUCUGCAAGGCAGAGAUCAACGUGGGCUCCGGCGAGCCCCCCAACUACAACACCUGCACGACCUGCCGGCAGCAGGUCUGCAACAUGUGCGGCUUCAACCCCACACCUCACCUGGUGGAGAAGAACGAAUGGCUGUGCUUGAACUGCCAAACUCAGCGGCUGCUUGAAGGCAGCCUCGGCGACCCUGCCCCCAUGCUGAUGCCUACCCCAAAGCAACCGCCCACCGGUUCCCCACGGCACCAGCCACCGGCCAGCAGCCAGCAGCAGAAAGCACCCGUGCCGGCACCCACCGAGGUGGAGAGCAAGGAGAGCCGGGCACCCCCCGAGGCGCCGCGGGUGAAGGAGCAGGAGGACGGGAGCAAGCCUUAUCCCCCGGACCUGUCCCGCAGCCCCCAGAGCCUGAGCGACACCGGCUACUCCUCCGACGGCAUCUCCAGCUCGCAGAGCGAGAUCACCGGCCUGGUGCAGCAGGAGGAGGAGAAGCUGAGCGGCACCGGGCUGGCUGGGCAGAGCCCCCCCAGCCCCUCCGAGCUCACCACGCCGGACCUCCUGGAAGGCCGGGGAGCCCCACCAGAGCCCACCGAGCGCGGCAAGAGCGGCUCGGAGCCGCGGGAGGAGCAACGGCAGAGGCAGCGGCCACGGUACCUCUCCAUCACCCCCGAAGCCUUUGACUCAGAUGAGGAGCUGGAGGACAUCCUGGAGGAGGAUGAGGACUCGCUGGAGUGGGAGAACCAGCGGGAGCGGCGGGAGAGCGCGGAGUCCUCGGAUGAGUUUGGCAGCAAGCUGCGGCACGACUACGUGGAGGACAGCAGCGAGGGGGGCUUCUCCCCGGUGCCCCCCCGGCCCAAGGGCCGGGAGGCGGAGGUGAGCGACGAGGAGUUCAUGCGGAGGCAGAUCAUGGAGAUGAGCGCGGAGGAGGACAACCUCGAGGAGGAGGAGGAGGACGAGGAAGGCUACGGGCGCGCCAAGUACAGCAUCCCCAAAGCCGGGCAGAAGGCCGAGGUGGAGAAGGGCAAAGAGCCGGCGUCGGCCAAGCGGCGCUUGCCGCAUGGCCCUGGCAGCCUGUACAAGGAGGAGAGGAAGGAGAUGGAGGUAGCGGAGGGUGACGAUUUGAGCACGGCCCAGGGGGGGCUGCGGCGCUUCAAAACCAUUGAGCUGAACAGCACGACCAGCUAUGGCCGGGAGAUGGAGAUGGGGCAGGAGGCAGACACCAGCCUGGACCGGGAGCCCGAGCUGGAGAUGGAGAGCUUGACAGGCUCCCCCGAGGAGCGCUCCCGGGGCGAGUACUCCUCCCCCCUGCCUGCCACGACGCCCACCACGACCCUCUCCCCCAUCGAGGCCGCCUCCCCCACCGAGGAGCUGCGGCAGGCAGCGGAGAUGGAGGAGCUGCAUCGCUCCUCCUGCUCCGAGUACUCGCCCUCCAUCGACUCCGAGGCCGAAAGCUUCGAUGCCGUGGCCUCCAAGCUGUACAAGUCGGGCAGCGAGUACAACCUGCCCACCUUCAUGUCGCUGUACUCCCCGACAGAGAAGGCGGAGAGCGGCCCCAGCCAGCCCGCCAGCAAGCCCCUCAAGAGCGCCGAGGAAGCUUACGAAGAGAUGAUGAGGAAGGCAGAGAUGAUGCAGAAGCAGCAGGUCCAGCAGGCCCAGCCGGCCGCUUCCUACAGCGGCACCUACCAGCAGGUGGGCUACCGCGGCACCGAGGGCCAAAACGGCUUCGAGUACCAGUACGCCGAGGAAUACCGGUACGAUGGAAGCCCUGCACGCCCCUCCCAGCCCAGCUAUCCCAGCACCCUGCCGAAGGCGGGAGCAGUGUAUGAGGAGAUCCUGCAGACCUCCCAGAGCAUCUCCAGGAUGCACCAGUCCUCCUCCUUCGACCUGGCCCUCGAGGAGGGGGAAAAGGCAAAGGUUCAGGAAGAGCCAUACCAAGAGAAGCACUUUCUCAAUGCUGAGAGCGCUUACGCCGACCUGAUGAAGCAGAACGGCGGUCCGCUCACCCCCGGCACCAGCCCCACGCAGCUCUCCGCUCCAGUUUCUUUUUCCACCUCCGACGGCAGCGCAGGCAAGGCCAUUCCCGACGUCCGGGUCACUCAGCAUUUUGCGAAAGAGGGACAAGACUUAGCCAAGCUCCAGAGCGCCCCGACAGCUCCCAUCCCGGUGUCCAAGGCCGCCACCGCACCUUACACCUACGGCAAAGGUGCCACCGCGGUGACGACAGCAGCAGGCGGCCCCGGGAGCGCUCCCCGGAGCUACAGCUCCCCAGCUCCGGAGGCCCCAUCCAUAGCCGGCAGAAGCUACAGUCCGGUGAAGAGCACCGUCAGCUAUGGCUCGCAGACAGAGGACACCGGCAGAAGCAAGGCGGUGGCGGAGAUCAGUGUGCAGACAGCCAGGGAGAAGCUCCCGGCCGCAAGCGACAGCAAGCCCUCGCCACCCAAGACGUACACCUUCUUCAAGAGCUCCAGCCCUCCGCUCUCGCCCACCUCCCCCACACAGAGUCCCACCCGCGCCACAAAGGCCACGGCAGAGUUUUCCACGCAGACGCAGAGCCCCCUCCUCCCCUACGAGGGUCCCACCGCCACCGCUGCCGCCGGCCCUGCCGCCUCUUCCCCCAUGGUGGCGCAGGGGACGCAGACGCCGCACCGGGCGGGCUCACCGCGCCUGGCCCGGCAGCCCUCCUCGCAGGACUCCCCCUUCAUGCUGAUCACGGAGCCCCCCCAGAGGGUCCCCGCUGUGACUUCAGCCGCCGACGGCAUCACGGGGCUCUACGGCUGGGGAGCGCUCCCCGCGGAAAACAUCUCCCUCUGCCGCAUUUCCUCCAUCCCAGGCACGUCCCGGGUUGAGCCGGGCCCCAAGGCACCGAGCACGAAUGCCGUGGACUUACGGACCGCGUUGAAAUCUGCCCCUAUCAUCAUAACAGACCAAGGCAUGGAUCUCACCUCCUUGGCCACCGAGGCCAGGAAGUACUGCCUGACCUUGGACCACAUCCCGAGCCGGCAGUCCACGGCCAUCCAGCCCUUGAUCAUCAACCUCAACGCCCAGGAGCAGCCCCACGCCAUCAUCGCCGCAGCCAGCACCGCCGGCCUGGGCAUCGCCUCCCCCAUGCUCCUCUCACAGCCCAAGCAGCCUGUGGUCUAUGGAGACCCUUUCCAAAGCCGUGUGGACUUCGGGCAGGGGACUGGGAGCCCGGUGUGCUUGGCACAGGUGAAGCAGGUGGAGCAGGGUGUCCAGACAGCCACUGUCAGAGCCAGUGGGGCAACCAGUGGCAAGCCCGAGCCCACCGUCCCACCCCAGACCAAGUUUGCGAGGUACGGCAUGCCGGGCCAGAUGGUGAAGAAGGACGUGCUCAUCACACAGACUGGCGGGGCGCAGAAUGUCAGUGGCCUUCCGCAGCCCUUCCCGCCAGAGCCGGGCUCAGAGAUGUACCGGGCGGUGCCGGUGGAGCUGAAGAGCCAGAGCCCUCUCCUUGCCCUGGGUGGCAAGAAGUCCCAGGUGAUGAUGGUGCAGAUGGAGGAGGCGGCCACCGGCCCGGUGACCAAAGUGCUGAAGGAGGAGCCUCCGGCCAACGUGCUGGACCUCACGGGCAUGAAGCCGGAGAGCCAGGUGGCCUGCUGCGAUGUGGUCUACAAGUUCCCCUUCGGCAGCAGCUGCACCGGCACUUUCAACCCCACCUCCAAGAUGCCAGAGAAGAAAGCUGGGGAGGCGCCGGUGGCGCCUGGCCGGAAAGCCAGCGGGCCCCUCUAUGGCAGCAGAGCGCCGGAGCUGCCAGCGAUCCCCUACCGGCAGCCAGCCCCAGCGCCCGCACUCUACGAGGAGCAGAAGUUUUACCCCACCGGCACCUUCGGCCGCCUCUACUCCUCCAUGUCAGACACCAACCUUUCCGAAAUCGGGAUGAGCUACUAUCCCACGAAGGGGGAUCAGCCCUUCCCCUCCCCAGCAGGCGACGCCGCCGUGGACCUCAGUACCAUGAAGCACUCCUAUAGCGUGGGCUUCGCCGAGGGGGGUUACCUGGGCCAGGGGCUGCA